AUGCAAACUCUUCCUGAUACCUUCCUGGACAUAGAUGACCAUGACCACGGCCCCAGCCAUCACCAUAAAGAUCUUGUACAUGUGUACCAUCCCGUCGGAUGUGAACGAUGCGAAGUAAUGGUUGAAGGAGAACCACGUGGACAGGAACGCCCACGUGUACAACAGCACAGUCCCCACGCCAGAGACAUCUGUGGUUUCAUUGAAUCGAUCAGCAAGCCUGUGUGUGUGUAUUUGCAG